AUCAGAAUCUCCAAGCUUAAGGCCCCUCCCUUUCAGACCUAUAAAUGGACUCCCAUCUCACUCCGCUCUGAAUCGCCUCAUUCGGACAAACUCUCUGCUGAAAACGUCGAACGCUACACUACAUAAAGAUGUCUGACUUGGAGAGCUGCCUGGGAACCAUCAUUGAGGUGUUCCACAAAUACUCAUCCAAAGAAGGUGACAAGCACAAAUUAAAAAAGUGCGAACUCAAGGAUCUGCUCACCAAUGAAUUUCCGACUCUUACCGAGCAUGUGAAAGAUCAAGCAACAAUGGACAGUUUGAUGGAAAGCGUGGAUACCGAUGGUGACUCGGAGUGUGAUUUUCAAGAGUUCAUGACCUUCAUCACCAUGGUUACCAUCUGUUGCCAUGAGUUUUUCGAACACCACGAAGACGAAUGAGUCAAAUUAAAAAAACAAAAAACAAGUUUUCAUAGCAUAAUAGUAAUACAAUACAUUCGUUCUCUUAAAGUUUCCUUUGUUCUUUUUCAUAUCAUAUUAGAAUUGUUGUUUAGUUUGAACAGAAUGUAUAUGCAGCUUGUACGACAGUUUGUAAGCUGUUUAUUACAUAGCAUGUUUCUAUUAUUUUGCCUAGGCAAUUUUUAUCUCAAAGACAUCCCCAUCAUAAAUCUCAUCGAGUGAAAUGCGGACCAGGUGUUGCGCUCUUGCCAUUUCAGUUCCAGGAUGAUUGUGAAAUGUUUUUCCUGACUAGCUUCAGACUAUUAGGCUGCUAUUGACUUACGUCAGAUUGUUCCAGGGGCCUGAGACAAAUCAUGCUGUGCUUUAAGAAGACCCACCAAAGCAAAUGAUUCCUUUGAAAAUAUCUAAUAUGAUGUUUACAACCAUCCAUAAAUGGUUUGGAAUUUCAAAUCAAUCCCAUGUAAUUAAAGGCAUGAAAACUCAUGUUUUUCAUAUAUUAAAUAUGCAGAAAAUUUACUAGAUUUUUUUUAAUAGUACAUGAGUUGUGUUUUCCAAUUGUAAACUGUAACUAGAGCUACUAAAUCUGCAAAUUAUUAAGCUUAAUGUGACAUUUUAUUGAAGAAUGUAUUAGAAUGUAUUAUGAACAAUUUACACAAAUUUGUGUAACAAGGCACUACAAUUCAAGUUUCGUUACAAACUUAAAAAAAAAUAAAUAAAGAUGAAUAUGUUUCAGAAGCCAAACUGUUAGA